AUGCCGGCGACGACAUCCACCAUUCGUAAGGCUCCAAGCAUGCGGACCCUGAAGACGACGUUGCGGUCGUUGAUCAGCAUGUUUCAAGAUAUUUGUGGGUUUGUUGAUAAGUUGAGUGAAGUGACUAGUGCAAAUCAGGUAAUGGUGCGACUUGAGAAGCUCGACGAAUUAUGGGAGAAAGUGAACGACGUUCUCCUGGAAAUCGAGACCCAUAAAGAUUUCACGGAGGAGGAUGAGAGCUGCAUCAAGCAACGUUCGGAGUUCGGCAGCAAGUAUUAUGACAUGAAGUCGAUGCUUUUGGACAAGGUUAAAGACUUGGAGGAACCGCAGAAUCUAAGUCAAUCUACCCGUAGUCUGGACACAACACAGCAACCGACAAUUGAGCACGUGCGACUGCCGCAAAUCAAGCUGCAGACGUUCGACGGCAACAUAGACGAGUGGUUGAGCUUCCGUGACCUGUAUACGUCGCUCAUACACUGGAAAACGGACCUACCAGAUGUGGAAAAAUUCCAUUACCUGAAAGGGUGUCUAGCAGGUGAGGCGAAAGCUCUAGUUGAUCCACUAGCAAUCACGAGGGCGAACUAUCAGAUCGCUUGGGAUACCUUAAUCAGACGCUACAAUGACAGCAAACAGCUAAAGCGGAGACAAGUGCAGGCGUUAUUCAAACUUCCGAAGCUGGCUAAGGAGUCGGCUGUCGAGUUGCAGUCCCUGCUGGAAGGGUUUGAAAGAACAAUCCAAACGUUGGAUCAACUUGUUCAGCCUGCCGAGUAUAAAGACUUGCUGCUUCUGGAUAUUUUGUGUUCUCGUCUAGACCCGGCGACGAGAAGAAGUUGGGAGGAGUUUUCGUCGACGAAGGAAAAAGAUACCAUUAAGGAGCUGACUGAAUUCCUACAACGUAAGGUCAAGAUACUGGGAUCUCUACCAACAAAAACGUCCGAAUUGAGGUCGGAGACUCUGCAACCGAAGAAAAACCCACCGAAUCUCUAUUCCAGCUAUAGCACAGCUCAGUCAAUAAGUGGACACUGUGUAGCUUGCUCCGAAAACCAUCUCCUUUACCAAUGUCCGGCUUUCCAACGGAUGUCCAUAGCUGACCGAGACCAGAUUUUGCGGAAUAAUGCUCUCUGCAGGAAUUGCUUCAAGCGCGGACACCGAGCUAUAGAUUGUCCCUCCCGGUUUGUGUGUCGAAACUGCAAGGGAAAACACCACACCCUGGUUUGUUUUCGACCAACAUCAAACGAAGAUAGAGAUGAAUCUUCAGUUGCGCGAACUUCUGCCGCAGGCAGUAGUAUCCAAUCACCAGAAGAACCCCAAGAAUCAUCCAGCCUGGUAUCGUCUAAUGUCUCCGGCAACCGUAUGUCGUCGGUGCUCCUAGCAACUGCGAUUGUUCUAGUGGAAGAUGAGGACGGAAACCGUGUUCCAGCCAGAGCGCUCCUAGACUCCGGAUCAGAGUGCAACUUUAUGACGGAGAACUUGUCCCAGCAGUUGAAGGUUCAACGGCAGCGAUCGGAUAUUUCGGUGUUUGGAAUCGGGCAAGCCAGCAUGAAGGUGAAGCAGAAGGUCAUAGUUACAAUCACAUCGAGAGUUUCAGGGUUCUCUCGGAGGAUGGAAUUCCUGUUAUUGCCCAAGGUGACAGCAAAUCUUCCAAUAGUCAACGUGGAUAUGGCAGGAUGGGAGGUCCCAGCUGGUGUGGAAUUGGCAGACCCAGCAUUUUUCACAUCCAAGACUAUCGAUCUGGUACUCGGAAUUCAACAUUUUUUCGCAUUCUUCAACACCGGAAAUCAAGUCCUACUUGGAGGUGGUCUCCCCUCUCUAAACGAAUCAGUGUUUGGUUGGGUUGUAUCUGGAUGCAUAGACAAACCAAACAACAAUCAUCACAUAACAUGUAAUAUGGCAAUUGGUUUGGAAGAGCUGCUGACCCGUUUUUGGUCUUGCGAGGAGAUUGGGUUCUCCAAUAAUUAUUCUCCGGAUGAAGCACGCUGUGAGGAGCAGUACGUUCAAUCGGUACAAAGGGGUUCGGAUGGUCGAUACACAGUCGCUCUCCCUAAGGAUGAAACCGUAUUUGGAAGGCUGGGCGAGUCAAGGGGCAUCGCUUAUCGGCGGUUUCUAAGCCUCGAACGUAGAUUGCAGAAGGAUUCAGAUCUACGUGACCAAUAUCACCAAUUCAUGGAGGAAUACCUAGAACUAGGCCAUAUGCGGAAGGUGGUUCCGAAUGAGCACAACCAUGUUCGUUGCUACCUACCCCAUCAUCCUGUGGUCAAAGAAGAAAGCACCACAACGAAGGUACGAGUGGUGUUUGACGCGUCGUGUAAAACAUCUACAGGGACGUCACUCAAUGAUACGUUGUUGGCCGGACCGGUCAUACAGGACGAUCUCCGGUCCAUAAUUUUACGAAGCCGAACGAGACAGAUCAUGGUGAUUGCAGACGUCGAAAAGAUGUUCCGGCAAAUCGGGAUUAGUGAGGAAGACGCGCCGCUUCAAAGUAUCCUUUGGCGAACGGAUCCCAAUGCAGAAGUCUCAACGUACGAAUUAACAACGGUCACGUACGGCACGAAGCCAGCUCCAUUCCUUGCUACCAGGACACUGAAGCAGCUUGCUAUGGAUGAGCAAGUUAAUUACCCAACAGCAGCGCAAACUGCAACGGAAGACGUCUACAUGGAUGACGUUUUAGGUGGAGCGGACGAUCCAGAAGCAGCUUUGGAGCUGCGCACCCAAUUGGAUGAGAUGACGCAAAAGGGCGGAUUUCGGCUCAGGAAAUGGGCUUCCAACUGCCCUCUGGUAUUGCGGGGCAUACCAGAGAACGAUUUGGCAAUCAUUGUCUCAGUGGCAAGUAGUGCAGAAGAAGUUGCAAGAAUUCUGGAAAAGAUGGCGAAUGGAGUAUUUGUCACAACUACAAGGCAGGACGAAGCGUUGGCGUCCAGCAAUUCCAAUAACGGUUGGCCAGCUAGUCGUGAUUCGGGACGAUAA